GCCCGGGCGGCCGGAGCGGGAAGGAGGUGCCGGAACUUUCCCCGCCGGCCCGGCACAACGUGGCCCGCCCGCCCGCCCGACAGCCGGCCGCCAUCUUUACGGCGCACGCCGAGAGCACCAGGGCUCCACCAGGCGCGCCGAGCGGACGGAGCCCGGCCGGAGGCCCCGGCAGGCCCCGGCGUGCGGCUGGAGUCCCCGCCCGUGGCCGGCUUUCCGCGAGCCCCGAGGCUCGCCGGGGCGGAGAGCGGACGCGGGGCCCCGGAUGUAAGAUGGCGGCGGGGGAUGGCGGGCGGUCACGUGGCGGGGGAGGGCGCCAGCCUCUUUAAGGGAUCUCUAUGGUUCGCUCGGCCGCAGUGGAGCAGGAGCGCGAGACGGGGCGGGCGCGGAGCCGCGGGAGCCGGGCUGCCCGGGGUCCCCCGGAGGGUGCGGGGCGCAUCCGCGGGGACUUCCGGGGUGCGGCGGGCGGGGGCGGCGUCGGAGCCGCGGCGUGGCGCGCGCGGGCGAGCGGGCGGGCGGGCGAGCGCAGCUCCGCUCGGGCAGAGGGCGCGGCCGGCCCGCCGGAGGGAGCCUCCGCCCUGGGGCGCCCGGCGCGCGCAGCCGGCCGCGGAGAGGAGGACGAGGCGCCGCCGGGGCGGUCCGCGGGGUCCGCCGGCUCCCACACCAUGGCCCUGGCUGAGGUAGUAGUUUGUGCUGUUGGUCGGGUUGUGACAUUGCCCGCUGUGGAGAUAACUGCGCAAGCUACUGCCUUGCUAGUGCUGGUGAUGCUCAGCGCCGCGGAGGACAAUGGCCGGGGAUCCCCUUUGUUUUCCGGGGCGCGCGGACGGCCGGACGGCUGGACGGCCGGCGCGGAAACCGUUAGCUCCCCGCGUUCCCGUAGGGGCUGCGGGCCGGGGCGGCGGCCGCGGCGCCUUCCGGAGCCCGGGGGAGAGCGAAGCCUUCGGGAUUGCGCCCCGAGAGGAGCCGCGGAAGACGCCGCACAACUUUCCGCCCGGAAUGGCUUUGGCUCGUGCGGGCUUUUAGUUUGUGUGUUGUCGGGUUUCGUUCUUGAGGUGCACGGCGGAGUGGGCGAGCGACUCCGCGAGGCACAAGUGCGGUCGCGGUCAGAACAGUCAACGCUGGAAGUCCAAACUUUUAUGUCUUAACGUUGUUUUGUUUUUUUUUUGGGGGGGGGUGGUUUUGUUUUGUUUGAAAUCUGGGUUACUAUAUGGCCGCUACGUUUAAGAGUUUUAAAAUGUAUGCCUACAGCAAAGUAGAGUUUCGGUUUUAAUGACUCCUUAAAACAGGAUUGACUUUAUAGUUGAAUGCACUGUUCGGAUCUUUUUUUUUUUUUUAAUGUAUAAAGCUAAAUAAAUUCUUCUUACUGAGUGCUGUGUUUUUCUUUUCUUUUACUUUAACUUUGAAAGCUCGAAUGGCCAUGCUGGUGUGGGGGAGGGCCAGCCUUAGACUUUUAUGUUAAUAUGCUUCUUUAUGUCUGCAUUUUAUUAAAGGCGACUAGCUCAGAGUUGGAAGUCUCAGAGAGACCCGAGUAUUAUCGUCUAAUGACAUAGCGUUUAGUUCUUGACCUCUAUUAGGAAAGUGCAAGUUUUGUAGAGAAAGUGUAGUUUGGAUAAUUAAUGGAAACUACCCGGAACUCUGUGUAUGAUGCUAAGUUACAGCUCUUUUGCGUGUCCAACCUUCCUCUUUGAUUUGCGCAUAAUGGUUUUAAUGCAGUGUAGUAAAUUUUCUGUGGCACUUUGAUGCUUGCUUUGUCGGGGCUGGGGGGCGGGGAGCAAUUCUUUGCUAAGAAAGAUACUAAGAAAAAAAUGUUGAAAGCAACUAUCUCUUGUCCCUUUCGAAGGAGUCUGAUGCUUUUUGUAAUUCAAAAAUGAUGUAAUGCUUUGACGAAGCUUAGUUUUUAAACCUUGCAGGCAACCUUAAUAGACUUUCCUCAAGAAGGAACCACCUCACUGUAGGAAGCACGGUAAAGACCCAUGCAUUUCAGCAUUCAAGCAAGACUUCAACACUGGCUUUAGGCCGUGAAAGUGCAGGACCCCCCCCCUUUUUUUUUUACCGAUGCCCACUAUGGUAAAUCUUGAUUUGUAGGGGAAAUGGAUAGUAAAAUUCUAAUUAUACAGUUUCGUUUUCCAAAACUCUUCGUUCAAGCAAAUCUGCCUACUACAUACUGUUGACAUCUUUACAGUGAACCAGAAGAUGAUGUUGUAUAUGCCCUAGAGAGAGUAAACUUUGUUCAUAAUCCUGAAUUCUAACUCCUUCCCCUUGUAGUUCAUUUUGUGCUUUUAAAGUAAGUUUCAUCUAAAACCGGGCUGCCCACAGAGAACAUCCUUGUGUAGUCCGCUCUGUAAGUGCUUCCAGAUGUUUCUAUUUGCUGCUGUAGGGAGACUACUCCCAUACUUACAUUUCUGUUCUCGCCUUAGAAGCGAAUCAGCUUUUCACUUUUGAAUUCUCUGUGGCAGUGGUAACUACCAACUGUUCUUACUGUUGACAGGCCUCCAGCAGGGUGACUUUACCUAACAAAAAUACAGCUUUACAGUCAGCACUGGUGACAUUUGCAAAUGCAAUUAACGUUUCUGUUAAAGGUCUACUGUCAGGCCCUUAAGUAAUUUAUAGUUGUACAAAACCAUUGAUAGGAAGUGUUUUGAGUGCCCUUCUCAAGUACUGAGCCAAAGAGCGGGUAGGCCAUCAAGAUGAGAUGUUAAUAAAUGCCAUCUCCAGUUGGAAGUAGAGGGAUGUUAGGGUGUUCUGGAUGUACUGUGUGGAAAAGAUUAUUAGGUGACAGUUUUGCUUUAUGCUCCAACCUCCCUGAUUGUCAAUUGUAUAUAUGAAAAAUUCAUAUGUAAGGCAUUUUAGCAUAUAAUUACCUCCUGGCUGAUGUGGGAAACAUCUUUAUGUUGUAGGGUAGCCCCCUGAAACAUUGCCAGAGGUACUUAAGAGCAUAAAAUAGCUCUUGAAUGUAGAACACGGAUGCCAAGAAGGCUGUGUGAUUUCAUAACUGUACUUCCUCCUUCUGUCAGUUAUCUCACUGCCUUGUGUGAUAACCCAGCACAGGAGGUACUAGACUCUCCUCAGUCAGUCCCUAUUAUUUCUGCAUCCAGAAAGCAAGGGGAACAGUGAGCCUCAAGAAUGAAUUGCAUCAAGUUAGUGCUAUCCAAAGAAGAAUUUUAUUUAUAUCACAGAAUCUAAAAAGACAUUGCUGGUGCCACUAGUCACUAAAUAAGCAGGAAUGUUACAGUUACUUGUGUGGUUAGUGAGAAUUCACUGAGUGGAUUUGUCGGAUCCCAUGCUAGCACCAUGGGGAAAGCCAAGAAGGAAUAUAGCUGGAUUCCCUGCCCCCAAGGGACAGCAAAACAUUCCUGGAGUGACUAAGAAUCAAAAUGUGGGUGAGUAAAAACAUUGACAGGUGUUCACGUGGUAAAAACUACGGACAGUUGUGCAUCACUUGGAGGAGCUCAAUAAGUUCUCGGCCUUAACGUGUGUUACCUGGAAUCCUGGAGAUGACCAGAGGUGGUAACUGUUGGUGACUUAGGUUUCCUGAGUUUUACUAAUACAUAUUUAGAUACAUUGAUAUAUAUACUAUACACACUAUAUAUCAUAUAUGCUAAUAUAUUUGUAUUAUUGCAUAAUAUAUACACAUAUUAGUAUAUAUUAUAAAUAUACAUGUGUGUUAGUUUUAAAAGUUUUCUCUAUUCACCACCAAACAUUUUCUGAAAACAGACCACUCACUUUGAGUUUGUUUUAAAUUCUUAGUUUUAUUAUAAUGUAAUUGGUUGUUUAUUACUGUGGAAAUCAGGGUUUCUUGGGAUGCUAAUAUGUCCUGUCCACGAGGCAGCUCAGAGCAUUUGGAUAAACUUGCUGUGGUGUUAGGCAAACUCUCAACUGCUCGGCUGAGUAAUAAAAAGGUCUGAGGGUUUCGUUCACUUUAAACAUAACUACCAAUGGGCUCUCUAGCUGUCCAGAGGCUGCUGUUAUAAUCUGCACAGUGGAUUUCAAACUCAGUAGUAACAUGUAACGGUGGUGGGAUAGUACUGCGAUACACUAGAAAGAUAACUAAAAUACAUUAGUAAGUGAAAAGGAUCGUUUUUGGCUUUUUUCUUUUUCCUUUUUUAUUUUUCAAGUCAGCUACACAGAGUAGCUGUGUAGUUCUGACUAUCUUGGAACUCACAUUGUCGACCAGGUUGGGCUCAAACUCGGAGAUCCACCUGUCUGCCUCCACCUAGCUACUUAAUUUUUCUUUAUUUUUAAAAAACAUACAUAUUGUUUUUGAAUUGUCUGAAUACUAAUCCCAACUGCAUUCCUUUUUCUGUUGGUUCUCCUUUUGAGAAAGGGUUUGGCUGUGUGGCCCUUGCUGCCCUUGAACUCAUAAAAAGUCACCUGCCUCUGCCCUCCUGAGUUUUGGGAUUAAAGACUUAUCCAUUUCACUUUUAACAAGCAAGUAAACCUUACCCAGUAGAUACAUGGCGUUAUCUUUGUGCCUGAGAUGCACAUUGAAUUUUUCAAGUCACUGUCGUAUUUAUAUGCUAAUGAGAACACAUUUUUCCAUUGUUAAAUCAUAUCCCUGGCCUACUUGUGUUUUUUAUCAAACCCAAGUUCUACUCAGGUAGCUUCUGAAGGGUCCUCAAUCCAGAAUCUCUUGAUAUUGUGAUUGUAUUAAAGAUAAAAACCCAUUUUUUCUGUUAACAAUUGCAUCCUUAUUUUAGAAGUUUAUUGGACAUAGUAGCUUACACCUUAAUCUUGGGAGUAGAGGCUGGCAGAUCAAAAGUUCAACUUCUCUUGGAUUACAUAAUACUGUAUUAUAAAAAGCAAUUCCCACCAGAGCGAAUGGCACAGCCAGGGAUGUUUGAGUUCACAACAGACCUUUAGGAGCUUCAUGAGGUUGUAAUGUGUCGGACUGCCUUAUGGAGAGUCUACCCAUACAGAAAAUGUAAGGCCAUACAGGCAGGUGCCACUCUGCCGCGCCUGUCCUAAGUGUUAAACAUUCAAAGAGGCAACAGCACCCGGAGUAGUGUUGAGGGUUAAGGAAGGCGUCUCUCCGAGGCUUCACAAGUGUUGCAUUAUUUUAAUGGAUCCAGCUGCUGUAUUUAUCCUGCCUUUACACCAGCUACCUCAAAGUAGGAAUGCCUGCAGGGGAAUUUUCUCCUUGAAUAAUUUUAGCUUAAUAAUCCAGAAAUUAUGAUAGAAUGCUAACAUUUGCAACAGCUAAUGAAGUAAUAAAUCUAGAUCUCUUCAUAGAUGAACCAAUAGAUAAAGUGCUGAUGGAUAGGAUUUAAUUCACGGAUGAUACUGACAACACCUAGACUCGGGCUAGUCUUCACACUUCAUGUCAGAGAUGAUCUGCCAGGUCUUGCAAUAGAAGACCACAGUAUAAAGAACUGAGCUUAGAAGCCCAGUGAGAUUCUAAUGGAGCAAAAUCACACUAGACAAUCCUACAGGACAAGCGACCUGAUUUUUAAAAGGUAAGGACUCAGCAGCAGUUAAGAGCACUUGCUGUUCUUGUGUAGGACCUGGGUUUGAUUCCUAGACUCCCAUAACUCCAGUUCCAGGGGAUCUUCAUGCUAAACAUGCGUGUAUUAUACAUACAUGCAGGCCAGCAAAACAUGAAAAUGAACGAAUCUAAGUUUUAACUUAUCAAAUAAAACUAAGUUGCAAAGUAAAAUGAGAGAAUGAACUCAUUCUCUCAUAUGAAAAAUGAACUUAAAACAUAUCAGUUAUGUGUUAGCUCUUUUAUGGUCAAAGACACCUGGGUAAAAAGAAUAAUGGACACCGAAUGUGUGGAAUUUGUUCAUUUGGGAGCCUAGAGAGAUGAGUCAGUGCUUAUGAGCACUGGGUGCUUUUGCACAGGACUCGGCUUCGGUUACUGUCAUGUACACGGAAGCUAGAGACCAGCUAUAAAUUCAAUCCCAAGGGAUCUGAUGCUGCCUUCUGCCUCUGUGGACACUACACAUGCAUGGUGCACAGACAGCAAUGCAGGCGAGACGCCCAUACAUAUAAAAUGAAACAGUAUUUGUUUUGGCUGCCCUGGCUGUCCUGGUGCUCUUUCUGUGGACCAGGCUGGCCUCAAACUCGGAGAUACCCCCUGCCUCUGCCUUCCCAAGUGAUGAAAUUAAAGGGCUGUGUUGCCAUGCCUGGCUUGAAAUAAAUAUAUUUUAACAUGAA